UAAAAGUCGGUAUUGACCAAAUCACUUUUGGGGAUUUAAAAAAACUGAUAUGUAAACAAAAUCCGAAUAUCUUUAAAGCAUAUGAAGCUGAGAAGGACCCUGAAACAAAAAUCAUUGAAGAACUCGAAGAGAUUGUUUUGGGUUCUUCACGUUUAAUUCCAAAUACAACCAUUUUAGCUGAUAUGCUUUCUUCGCAACAACCUUUCUCUCCUUAUCGACAAAGUUUUAGUCACAAGUUCUAUGAUCGCAAACAAGCUAUGGAUAAGAUUGCAAAAGUCGCCAACAAUAAUUAUCUCAAACGUUUGAGUAGUAAUCAUAAAGAUCAACAAUUUAUAUUGAUUCCUGAAGAAUCAGUAUUGGCAAAUUUAACUGUUGAAAUAGAAUUGGUUAAGGCCGCCCUUAAUGAUCCCAUUUAUAUAUUUAUCGAUUUAAUUAAUGGAUAUAACUACGACCAACAAAUUGAUGAACAUCAUGCAAAAGUACGAAUAGGAGUGCGUGUUGCAAAAGCUGCGGGCUUGAUAGACAAUACGCCGAAUUUCAUUGAGCUCUAUUGCCUUGAUAAUGUGAUAAAAGAAAUCCUUCGCCGCCGUUUCAAAGAAAAAGGUCGAUCUCUUGAAGCUGUCAUUAUACAUAUCGAUGAGUAUCAAAGAUACAUUGAUUACGUUCACCAUUAUAAAAAAAUAUCAUGGGAGGACGCCCGCAUCUUCUUCAAGAAUAUGCUACAAGAGAUUGGUGCUGUUAUGCGCAGUCAGGCUAUACGAAAGCAAGAAG